UCUCUCCCUAUUCUCUCUUAAAUUCACCACUCUCUUCUUUCAUCAUCGCAAUUCUUAUAUCUUGAUUCUUACCUCAUCUCUCUCUCUCUCUCUCUCUCUCUCUCUCUCUCUCUCUCUCUCUCUCCCUCUCUCUCCCUCUCCAUCCGCGUUUGUGGUUUAAAAGAGAUACUGGUAAGUGUAUAUGAAUGAUAUCAUCAUCAUCAUCAUAUAAUGCAAAGCACCUCAGCCUUUCUCUUCUUUCAUUUUUGAUCAUCAAUUCUACUAAACCAAUCGUUUCUUCUUCUUUCAUCUUGUCUUAUCUUCUAUUCUCUGCUAGCAAGCUUUAAUCUACCCCUUUCAAUUACUCCUCCAGUUAACUUGUUUUGUUAUAUGCCUUGAUCUCUCACGCACUCUCUCUAAAUUAUUCAUACUACUACUGAAAUUUACUAGUACUGUCUGGCUCGAUAGGUCUUUAAUUUUUCUUUUGAUCGUCCAACUUUUCUUACUUGCAAUUCACAUAUAUAACCCGUCUUUCUUUCUUUCUCCCUCCCUCUCUAUCUCAAGUGGGUUCUCUCUUAGCUUUAACUAAGACAAGUAAGGGUUGCUGAAAGAGAAUAAGGAGCUAGCUACAUACAAACAGUUACUGAAACAAGUAGUAAUUAUAUAUAUCUUAUUACGACCAUAUAUAUAUAUAUAUAUAUGGAAUUUCAGCCAAAUACUUCUCUUGGUUUAACCAUGUCUAAUCAGGAUCACAUGAACCUCGGAAUGCUUCUGGAACAACAGCAACACGAACAACAGUACUACUCGUCUUCAUCAUCGAUAAAUCAUCAUUAUGGUGGCGUUGACAACAAUAAUCAACCUCGAGUUUUCUCUUGUAACUAUUGUCAAAGAAAGUUUUAUAGUUCGCAAGCUUUAGGUGGUCAUCAAAAUGCUCAUAAACUCGAAAGAAGCUUAGCGAAAAGAAGUCGUCAGUUAGCUUCGAUGGUUAGACCACAUGGUGGAGGGUCAUCGUCUUUCAAUAGUCAUGGCGGACAAAUGCAUAAUCAUCAAUCCUCUUCAAUGUCGGGAUUUGAAUAUCAACACCAAAACAGUAGGUUUAGUGAAGAACAUCACGAAAUUUUAGGAUAUGGAAGGAGUGAUAAUCAUGACAUUAUUGGUUAUGGAAGUUUAAAUGGUCAUAAUCAUCAAGGAGAUGGUUCUUGGCCAAAUAGUUAUCGAUCAUCGAGAGAAAAUAUUCAUCAGUAUCAAGAAGACUUCAAUCAGCUUGAUUUAUCACUUAAACUCUGAUAUUAUAAGUAUUAACUUUAAUGAUUAUUUUCCAAAUCUUUCUUGUUAAUUUUUCUUCUUGAAGAAUUGAAAGGUGUAAAAGUAUUGUUCCAAGAGAAAAACAAAACAAAAAAUAGGUCCCUGUAACCUUUCAUUAAUUAGUUUAUGUACUU